AUGGCUCCUAUUGAAUAUCUUUUGUUCGAAGAACCUACCGGGUAUGGUAUCUUCAAAGUGAAAUUGCAACAGGAUGAUAUCGGAUCUCGUUUGAAGGAAGUCCAGCAACAGAUCAAUGAUUUCGGCUCUUUCACUAAGUUAGUUGAGUUGGUUUCUUUUGCUCCUUUCAAAGGUGCUGCUCAAGCUUUGGAAAAUGCUAAUGAUAUUUCUGAAGGUUUAGUCUCUGAACAUUUGAAAGCUUUGUUGGAUUUAAAUUUACCAAAGGGUUCUUCUAAGAAGACUGUUACUUUGGCUAUUUCUGAUAAGAACUUAGGUCCAUCCAUUAAAGAAGUUUUUCCAUUUGUUGAUUGUAUUUCUAAUGAGUUAGCUCAGGAUUUGAUUCGUGGUGUUAGAUUACACGGUGACAAAUUAUUGAAAGAUUUACAACCUGGUGAUUUGGAAAGAGCUCAACUUGGUUUGGGUCAUGCUUACUCUCGUGCUAAGGUUAAGUUCUCUGUUCAGAAAAACGAUAACCAUAUCAUUCAAGCCAUUGCUCUCUUGGAUCAAUUGGAUAAGGAUAUCAACACUUUUGCCAUGAGAGUGAAGGAAUGGUACGGUUGGCAUUUCCCAGAGUUGGCAAAGUUAGUCCCAGACAAUUACAAGUUUGCUAAACUCGUUCUAUUCAUUAAGGAUAAGGCAUCUUUGAACGAAGAAUCCUUGCACGAUUUAUCGGAAAUUUUGGAUAACGAUGCUGGUAUCAGUGAAAGAGUGAUCGAUAACGCUCGUAUCUCUAUGGGUCAAGAUCUUUCUGAAACUGAUAUGGAAAACGUUACCAUCUUCGCUAAGAGAGUUGUCUCCCUUGUUGAAUACAGGAAACAAUUAUACGAUUACCUAUGUGAGAAGAUGCACACUGUGGCUCCAAACUUGUCCGAAUUGAUCGGUGAAGUUAUCGGUGCUAGAUUGAUCUCUCAUUCUGGUUCUUUGACCAAUCUUUCUAAGCAAGCUGCCUCUACUGUCCAAAUCUUGGGUGCUGAAAAGGCAUUGUUCAGAGCUUUGAAGACUAAAGGUAACACACCAAAGUAUGGUUUGAUUUACCACAGUGGUUUCAUCGCUAAAGCUAGUGCUAAGAACAAGGGUAGAAUCUCUAGAUAUUUGGCUAACAAAUGUUCUAUGGCUUCUAGAAUCGAUAAUUACUCCGAUGAACCAUCUAACGUUUUCGGUCAAGUGCUAAAGAAACAAGUUGAACAAAGAUUGGAAUUCUAUGCUUCUGGUACCCCAACUUUGAAGAAUGAAUCUGCUAUCAAGGAAGCCAUCGAAUUGUACAAUAAAGAUAAGCCAGCUCACGAAGAAGAAGUGGAUACGACUGAAGUCUCCAAGAAGAGAAAGCUAGAAGAAUCUAACGAUGAAGAAGACUCUGAACAAGAAGAGAAGAAGGAAAAGAAGUCUAAGAAGGACAAGAAGGACAAGAAGGACAAGAAGGAAAAGAAGGAAAAGAAGGAAAAGAAAGAGAAGAAAGAGAAGAAGGAUAAGAAGGAAAAGAAGAGUAAGAAAAAUAAGGAUUAG